AUGUCAGCUAUUGACUUUUUUGCAGGCUGUUUAGGAGGUGCAGCCGGCGUCCUCGCCGGACAUCCUUUGGAUACGGUCAAAGUUCGUCUACAGAUGCAACAUGCCAGUUCAAAACUUUACCGUGGCACAUGGCACUGUUUCCGAACGAUCAUCCAAAAAGAAGGCGUUGCUGGUCUCUACAAAGGUCUUUCAUCCCCUCUCGCCUCCCUGACGGCUAUCAAUGCAAUCGUGUUUGGAGUACAUGGUUCGGUCUGUCGAGAAUUCUCCAAUCCAGAAUCUCUCCGAGCACAUUUCUUUGCCGGUUGUGCUGCUGGUAUGAUGCAGAGUGUUAUCGCCGCUCCAUCUGAACGAUUAAAACUGCUGAUCCAAAUACAAAAGGACUCGGCUCAUUCACGGUAUCAAUCACCUCUGCAUGCUGCUCGAUCGAUUAUCGCCCAGCACGGCUAUGGAAGUCUGAACAGAGGAUUUCUGGCGACAUUACUUCGUGACUGUCCCGCCUUUGGUAUCUACUUUGCCUCGUACGAGUACAUGGCACGGCAAAUGAGUAAAGACGGUCAGAUGGAAUCACUGACUGGUCCUCAACUGCUCCUGGCUGGAGGUGGCGCCGGUAUGCUGUCGUGGCUAUUCAACUAUCCAACGGAUGUCAUAAAAACUCGCUUUCAAGCUGCAAAUUAUUCCAGCUACAUGCAUUGUAUACGGAGUACAUAUCGAGAGGGCGGAUUACGGGUCUUCUUCACCGGUCUCGGCUCCACUUUAUUACGGUAG